UGCUGACUCUUGAAUAACAUAAUAAGUGUCAUUCUAUUUUCUUUCUAUCGAUUUAAACGAAGUCACAAUAUUUAUUUUUUAUUUAAAUAAUACUGUAGCAAUAAAUUGAAAUUACGAUGGCAGACACCGCGGACCGAGAUCCGCUUGAAGGCAGUAGUUACGACUUGGCUGUUACUGUUAAAUCAGAGAUAAAGGAAGAGGAAGACACCGAUGAAGAUGGAUACAAUACAAUGGCGCUUCUGGAACUGGCACAGUGCGUCCAAACUAAUCAGGAGCCGAUCGAAUUCAACACAACUGACGCAAUGAUGAACCCUAAAACUGGCCUCAUGGUGUGCAUGCACUGCCUCGAGGAUGUCGAUGCCAACCUCCUCUCUGACCACAUGGUCAACGCACACAACUACCGUCGAAUACUCUUCAAAUGCCAGAUAUGUUGUAAUAUCUUCCAGGAAAGACAGUUACUAGUUGUUCAUAGGAAGGAAUGCAGACCACCCCAAAAACGGCACAAACGGAAGUCCUUCCAGCAGAUCCUACGAGAGGUUGAAACGUCCGAGGACACGGGGAACGAUUUUGAGAAUGUUACAUGUCCGAUUUGUGUGCUCGAGCUGCCGAAGUACUGUUUAAAGGAUCAUCUGAUAGCGGAGCACAGUAACCCCGACAUGAUAUUGACUUGUGGGAAGUGCAACAGGAACUUCAAGUCUAAACUGACCCUCAGGGAACAUAUCAAGCUCGUGCACGAGUCUAUAGAGGAUUCUGUUGAGUGCGAACUAUGUGGACAGAAGUUUCGCUCCCCAAAGUACUUGUCGAACCACAAAAGGAACGUUCACCCUAGUGGUGAUAAGAUCCACAAGUGCACAGUAUGCGGUAAGGAGUUCAAGUCCCGGCUGUGCGUUCACCAGCACACCAAGUACGUGCACCCGCCGCAGAGCGCGUCUGUCGCCUGUCCCCACUGUCCCCACAAGGUGUUCAAGUCCAGGAUCAACCUGCAGCAACACCUGAAAGUGUCUCACGGCUGGAGGAAGGGUGAUUGAAUGUAGACACAUUGGGAGUGAUGUAAAUAGGUUGUAAAAUUAUGGAGCAGCUUACAAGCUCCUGGAAGCAGUUGAUGCUGAUGGAAGGGUGACAGAGGGUUGAAGAUACAUCACAAAUUUAAUAAGCUAAUGUGUAUAUAUGCAAAUUUAUUUAUGAGGAUUAAGGAUGGAUGAAUGGGAGAGGGAGACUUUGUACAAAAGUCGAUUGCUUGUGUACCUCUGUCCCAUUCGUGUUUCUACCGUGAAGCAGUUGUGUUUGCAUGGCGGUGUUUCGGUUUGAAUGGUAGGGUUUUGCGUGAACUUACUGGGUACGGAGGAAUAACACCUGAGUCCUCAGGAAUGGCAACGCAUGGGGGGUAUCAUGGGCGAAACAGUAUACUCUGUUAUGUCCAUGGUACUGCUCGUGUCUAUAGGCGACGGUUACCACUUUCCAUCAGGUGGACCGUCAGCUUGUUUGUCUUUCUAAGUUGUAUAAAAAAAAAAGAAAAAAAAAUGCUCGCCGGUUACGGGUACUUUUAAUUUGGCCCUUCAGCACGUCGCUUAUUUGGUCGACAUACAUCCUUUUAGAGCGACCCCUAGCGACCCUUCAAACCGAAACACAGCCAUGCAAACACAACUGCUUCACGAUUGAAACACGAAUGGGACAGAGGUACUCAAGCUAACGACUUUUGUACAAAGUCUCCCUCUGGUAAAAUGAGCGUGUAUGAAAACAUUGAUGAAUGUGGAGGAAGCGAAAGAGGUUUGCUUGAAUCGAAGCAUUUGGCGUUCCAUUGUUUCUGCCUACCCUAAUGGGAGACAGGCGUGACAGAUAUGUAUGUAUGUAGCAGUAAUGUUUGAAUGUUUCUUGGUUGCAGAAACAAUCACAAAUUAUGAUACCUAUGUAUUUGUAAAUAUUUAUAAAAGAGUGAUCACCUUCAAAAUCAUUAUAUUGUAACUUAGCUGAGUCCGGGACUAGAUGGCGUUGUAUGUCCACUGAUAUUUAUGAUAAAAUUUAAGAUAUUGUUAUA